UAAAACUGCCUAUUUUUUUUACUCCAGAUGAAAACACAAGCAAUGAUGAACUGGGUGGACCUAUCUUUGCUUCAUCACCAAUAGUACAUCAAGUAGCCAUUGUAGCAGAGCUUUGUGGGAUAUAUCAGAUGUGUUGGGAACCUGCUAUCAACCAGUGUGCCUCCCUUCAAGGCAGCAAUUUUGAUAACAGUGCUUGUGGGAAACAUCAACAAUCUCAACAAUCAAGUGAUGAUGUGGAGAUCAUGGUGAUGCACCCCACGUUAACUUCCAACAGGAUGAUAGUUGGAAAUAUGAUAGCAGGAGGCUUUAGACAGGGCCAAAAGCAAAUCACAAACAGAGGAAAGAGGAAGUUUAAGCUACUUUGUUGUAUAUUUUUAAAGAUUUUUUACCCUUACAUGAGCAGAACAUCAACAUGGCUGAUCUUGGUGAAGGGGAAAGUUUGGAUGAAACUGUGGUGGACUCUGAUGAGGUCAGCAAGAGAAGGCUUAUGGAAGGUUUUGUGAAGAGGAAUCUAAUUCUAUAAAUAUCCCCAUAAUAAUGAGAGUGACUGUGAUAAAGACAAUAGAAUUACUUUCAAGAAAAAUUAUUUGUAUUGUUUUAGUAACAUCUCAAUUGUUCAUCUUAAUACAUUUUCAUUUCUAUUUCAUUUUUAAUGAUUUGUUCUUAAUAAGUUAUUAUGGAUUGAUUUCAAUACCCAUAUUGUAAUUCAUAUUUUUUAAGCAAUACAACAAUUUAAGUUGUUAUACAAGUUUUAGAUAGGUUUUAUUCAAGUUAAACUUCAUUUUCCCUCCUUGAUGUUGUUUUUUCUUCAAAAAAAGUUCUUAAAUCUAUUGUCAGUAGUUUGUCUAUUUGCAUGUAUUUUAAUGCUGUCAAUACAAAUAGAAUCAAAGUGAAUAAGGUCCAGAUUUAGGCAAAUAUAAGUGUAUUCAGUAUCUCUCAUUGAACAAUAAUUUGUUAAUAAAUUUUGAAGAAACUUUGGAAACUUAUUUACACUGACCUUUUUAAGUUAUCAUAAUUACUUACUAGGUUUUUUCCAAUCUCUUUGCCUUUUGCUUGAUAGACUGUGAGAAUUAGCAAGUUUGCUACUGACAAUAAUUAUGAUCCCAAAAGGGUUUUUGUGCUUUUCAAUAUGUUACAAACAAUGAAUUUGAAGAUACAUCAUUUUCAUAUGCAUUU